UAUAUUAAAAUUUAAAAAAAUCUUUUUAAAUAUGGGCAAGAGAAUAAGAAGUGAGUUUUAUUUGUUUAUCAUUGUUAGCAUAAAGAAAGGGUAAGUCCAACAGUGUCUUUAAAGCACAUUAAAACUAAAGAGUUGGAAGUCCCUAAUAUAGACACCUUGAUUAUGCUGAGAGACAUGGUUAUGUAAGAGGUGUGAUCAGCGAAAUUAUUCAUGAUCCAGGAAGAGGUGCUCCACUUGCAAAAGUUGAAUUCAAUGAUCCUUACAAGUACAAAAAACAAACUAAGCUCUUCAUUGCACCAGAAGGAGCAUACACAGGAUAAUAUAUUUAUUGCGGUGCAAAGGGUAUAUUAAAUGCUUCUAACAAUUACCGUAGCUUAAUUAGCCACUGGUAAUGUCUUGCCUAUUGGAUAAAUUCCAGAGGGUACAGUAGUUUGUAAUUUGGAAGAGCAUCCUGGAGACAAAGGUGCUUUAGGAAGAGCUACAGGAUGUUACGCUACUAUUAUUGGUCAUUCUGAUGAUGGAGCAUAAACCAGAGUUAGAUUGCCUUCUGGUACAAGAAAAACAUUGAGUUCACUUUGCAGAGCCACUGUUGGUUUGAUAUCUGGUGGCGGAAGAACUGAAAAACCUAUUCUUAAAGCAGGAAGACAAUUCCAUAAAUAUAGAAGACUUAGAAAAGUAUGGCCCAGAGUUAGAGGUGUGGCUAUGAAUCCAGUUGAUCAUCCUCAUGUAAUUCUUAUGAUUUACUCUUAUUUAGGGUGGUGGUAAUUAACAACAUAUUGGACAUCCAUCCACUUUGUCUAGAUAUGCACCUCCAGGUCAAAAGGUAGGUCUAGUGGCUGCCAGAAGAUCAGGACUUCUUAGAGGUGGUGCUUAACUCAAAUAAAUGGACGAAGACUUGGCUGCUUAAUAAGCUAAAAAAUGAAAUCUAUUUACAUUAUAGUACAAUAAAU